ACCUAAGCUCGAAGAGGGCGGAAGACUGACAAUGAGCGGAGCUGGGAAGUUGGUCUGCGUUACCGGAGCCUCCGGCUUCAUCGCCUCGUGGCUCGUUAAGCUCCUUCUCCAACGAGGCUAUACUGUCAAAGCCUCAGUGAGAGAUCCCGCUGAUCCGAGAAAAACGGAACAUUUGAGAGCACUUGAAGGAGCCAAUGAGAGGCUUCAUUUGUUUAAAGCUAAUUUAUUAGAGGAGGGAUCCUUUGAUGCUGAAAUUUCUGGGUGUGAUGGUGUCUUCCAUACAGCAUCUCCAUUUUAUCAUUCUGUCACUGAUCCGCAGGCUGAGCUUAUAGAUCCUGCAGUGAAGGGAACCCUCAAUGUGUUGAAUUCCUGCUCUAAAUCAUCUUCUACUGUUAAAAGGGUAGUAGUGACUUCAUCGAUGGCAGCUGUUUCGUACAAUGAAAGACCUCGUAAUCCUGAUGUUACAGUGGAUGAAACAUGGUUCUCCAAUCCAGAUUUAUGCAAGGAAAAAAAGGUUUGGUAUGUUUUGUCAAAGACAUUGGCAGAGGAGGCUGCUUGGAAGUUUGCAAAAGAUCAUGAUAUUGAUUUGGUUACAAUAAAUCCUGCGAUGGUCAUUGGCCCCCUUCUUCAGCCAACACUUAAUACAAGCAACGAAGCAGUACUGAAAUUAAUUGAUGGAAGUAGUUCGUUCCCCAAUGUAACGUUCGGAUGGGUUGACGUAAAAGACGUUGCUGAAGCACAUAUUCUGGCAUUCGAAAAUCCUUCCGCAAGCGGACGCUAUUGUUUAGUCGAAAGAGUGCUCCACUUCUCUCAGCUCGCCAAGCUCAUCAAAGAACUAUAUCCUUCCAUUCAAGUUCCUGAGAAGGCUGCAGGUGAUGAGCCCUUUAUCCCAACUUAUCAUGUUUCGAAGGAGAAGGUGAAGGGGUUGGGUAUCAGCUACAGGCCAUUUGAGGAGAGCCUCAAAGAAACUAUAGAGAGCUUGAAGGAGAAGGGCUUUGCCAAGCUGUGAGUAGUUGGAAUGAGAAUGGAGAAAUUAAUUACUCUGAAUUCUGGUACUGUUGCAAGAAAAUAACUUUUUUGUGCUUUAUAUUAUGAUAAUCAAAUUUGGAUUUUGAUGAAAAAAUUUCUACGUUUUUUGCAUUUUA